AUGGUUUAUUUCACUUCAGAUAGUGUCCCCGCAGCUCACGCAGCCCUCUCAGUCUCCGAAGCUGGCGAUUGGAACGACAUCCGAGACGGGUGCCCAAUUCCAGGAUUGAAACGGCCGACAGUCGGCUUUCGGGUGACGAAGUACUUCAAGUCCAGGAGGCUGAAGAGCGAGUUUCUGCCCGGCAUGCAGGGCGAAGUUCUUAAACGUGAAGGAUCGGGACUAUAUGUGCGUUGCAAAGACCUAUUCGAUGCCAAAGAAGAUCCUCUCAAGGAAUGGGUUCAUGAAGACGACAUCGAGAUCGGCACCAAGCUCUACGGCGACUGGAGUAUGGACGUCUGCAACAUCCCACGAGCACCCUCAAAGUUUACCGAGGCCGAAAACGCUCUAUUCAAAGAUCCUAAAUGUCAGCACCUUGCGCUCGGCAUUAGCACGUUCUUGAGGAAGCUGGCAGAGACAAAUCCGGAUUGUUUGAUGGAGGCCGAUCUCAAAAGGCUCGGAGGCACCUCAGGUAACAACGUCACGUGGAUUACCACACGAGUCCUCAUCGGUGUUCAAAAGGCAGGCCUUCUUGGUGUGCUGAACAAUCCCCAAUUCACCAUGGAAGAGCUCGAGGCAAAUGCAAACCUCAACUGCGAACAGUUCAUAGGUCAGGACAAAGCCGGCAUUUACUUUCGUCGUUACAUUGGAUUGAAGCCUACACCCAAUCGGUCGAAAAAGCCACUCUCGUUGUAUGUCGGUCAGACUGUGGACUUCUACAAGCGCUGCCAGAGCUGGGCCUCAUCAUCGAAACAACAUGAGGAUGUGAAAGCUCAGUCAGGGCCCGUGAAGAUGCUCGCAUUAUGUCGGCUAGAGAAGGAUUUCUACAAAGAGCACAAGUUCAUUGUCGAGCAGCUCUUCACUUCGCUCCUCCAGACAUACAAACAAGCCCUUCUCGAUCGAAACCCGGACUUUGGAGAUGAUCGAGGCAAGUUUCAUAUGAACAAUUGCUGCGAUAUGGACAAGAUCGCCUCAGCAGCUGCCAAAGAGAGCAAAUGGACUGGUGCAGUGCAGCGAAUAAGCUUUUGGGCCGGUUCCUACUCUGCGUGCGCCGGCCUCAACCAUCAGUCGCCUAUCUCAGAAGCGAGACUACAUGAGCCAAACACUUGGCUCGAAUCGCGUGGGUUUGUGCAAGACAAGAAAGAUCCAAGCAAGUCGUUCCCGAUCUCAAACUUCACCUGCGUAGUACCGAAGAAGAUGACAGUCCUGGACCCUACGCCAAAAAUGAGUUCGAAGAACAAUUGGUUCAUCGUGUUUGACGUCAAGAACUGGGAGACGAAUGAAUACUGUCUACGAAUUACGCAGGCGCUUCCGGACGAUUUCUCUUCUAACAGUGAGGACUUUCCAAUCAACAAUUCUUACUACAAUAUUACGAUCGAGGUUCGCACAGACUGGAAGCCACACCCUUACUCAUGGGCUCGCCUGCCGCUCAUCGGUCCGUUCAUGGACUGGGAUCGAGCCAAUAGCUGGGCUAUUAACAUAAACUGGGUCAGUCCGUCCGGAGAGUAUCGGGUCAAGUAUUUUCAUUGCCUGCGCCCAUACAUGAAGAUGACUAGCAAGUCAGAUGCCGCUAUCCAGCCUUAUGCACGAGGCAUCGAGAUGAUUCGUUGGUUGUACCGUGAGAAUAUCCCCGCCGAACAACAACAUCGCUGGAUCCAAACUCCCCCAUUUGCGAAGACGAAAUUGGUAGAUUACGACUAUGUCCGCCAGAUGAUCAAGAUCAAAGCUACUGAACCCGUCACCACUACUGCGCCCAUAAGUAGCAACCGCAAGAAACGAGAGAUUAUCAAAGCAGAGAUGGAGGGACGUGGACCACAUGGAGACUUCGGAAUUCAGAACGUAGGCCUUACUCUAGCCGAAGCCAAGGCUAGGGGGGGAAAGUGGGCGUCUAGAUCCAAAUGCGACAGUUGCGCGUUCUUUGGUCGUAAUACUGGCCCUGGUACCUGUCAACUCGUACCAGGUAAAAAAUACUGCGGGAAUUGCAAAGAGAUCUUUGGGCGUCACUUCUGCUCGUGGACUCUUGGGAUCCCGUCCGUGAGUAGAGGAAUAGGAAAUCCUGGAAACUCGUUUGCAGAUCUCGAUGUUCAAGGAGAUACAGUGAACGCCCUGCUGCGGUCGGCUCUUCACGGAACUCGGGGCUCGACUGGUGAUGCGAUGCCAGACACGGAUCCGCUGGUGAUGGAGAUUGACCAAGGAGAGCAAGAUGCCUGGAAGCCUACUGAAGAAAAGGAGGAGGAGGAUGAGUUUUUUUAG